AUGUCGCAGCCCGACGCCUGCGCGCCGUGGUUCGAGGCCAGCCAGGCGGCGCCCAGCAGCCGCCAGGCGCCGUCGCGGCCGCGCAGCGACGUGCGCAUGCUGCACGGCUACCCCAGCCCGCCGAACAGCGGCAGCAGCGGCGGCCACGGCGACGCCGAGUGCUGCGCCACGGGCAGCGCCACGGGCGACAGCGACGACCCGUUCCUCGGCCAGCCGAGCGCCGCCAGCGGCCAUCCGCACGUUGCCGCCAUGGCGCGCCAGCGCGCCAACGCCCGCUACGACCCGCGCUACAUGACCUACGUCUUCCGCGGCCAGCGUGUGACAUACGCCGCUCCGCCGCUCUCGGACUCGGAGGAGGAGCUCGUGCCGCGCCUGCUCUUCCCCAGCGGCAGCCGCAGCAAGCGUGCUCUGCCCCGCCGCGCCACCGCCUCGCAGGCUGCUCCAGUACUCGCGCCGCAGCGGACGACCCGCACGCGGCAGGCGACAGCCUCGGCGCAGUUCGUCCGGGCCGACCAGUCGAGCAACCCUGCUGCUCGGGCGCGGACCAUCGACUCGUCGGCGCCGCGGCCAAACCUCUUCUCGCAGCAAAUAGCGGCCAGAGACGCAGCGGCUCGCAGCUCGCGGGAGGCGGGAACUGCGCCCGCCUCGCGCCCGGCAUCUUACAGCCUGCACUCCGAGCUGCACGCGCGCAUGGCCGCGUGGAGCGACGAUGAGGACGACGAGGACGAUGGCGCGCACGGCGCACGAGUCGUGCAUCUCGACAUGGAAGGCGACGCCCACUACGGGCACAUCGGCGUGGCGUCGCACGAGCUGAGCUCGGACGAGGAGGAGCGAGGACAGGCCGUGCUGCGCAGCGGACGGCCACGGCCACCGACGAAGCUGCCGCACUGGGAGUCGCAGGAGGUGUUCGAGCGACACGUGCGGCCAGAUGACGACGACGACGAGGCACAUGCGAAGCGCCGUCGCAUCCUUUGA